AUGCCAUACGCGAAAAGCAGCGCAUCCGAAUGGCUCAGAGAAGGUGUGUUCAUGUUCCUGCAUAACCCAAUCGCAUUCAACAGUCAUAAUAGGAAGGCAAAACGGGAUGAACUACAACAGGCAUUAGUGUCUGCUUCGACGUGCAAUCCAGUCACGGAGGAUGCUCAUGCAGGUUCUGCUCCUGCUACUAGCUUGAAAGCAAUGGCUUUGCUUUCGUCUGCGGAAGUAGCCGCCUCCGACGCUCUCUUGAAACUCUACAGCCUCACUGGGACUCGUGAAGCAUACCUUACAGAACUUUCAUCACCCCUGCCUCCGUCUUCGCCGUCUUACUCGUCCGAGGACGACGAAAUCAUGUCUGUCAACGCCCUUCUCCGUUCGAUAACACCAACGGACAUGGAUGAAAGUCUUAUACAACCUCAAGUGUGGACAACUCCCCGACGUUUGUUGGACAUCGCAGCCAGCCCUACUUGGUCUUGUUCAUGGGAACCCGAGGAAUUGGCCAUAUCACCGCUCACUAGCACUUCUGCUAUUCCGGUAACUCCUUCUCACGAACGAUUUGAAACAGCUUCCCGCACGCAAGCCGAAUGUUACAGUGAUAUGGUCGGCACCAGUUGGACAUCGGAGGCGCAAAAGGAGUUACUUACGACGCAAGUGCCCACGUUUAUCCUUGCCCGCACCAAUGAGCGCUUGCCGCCGUUCUGGUCUAGCAUUUGGCAUAUGUGGUUCGACAAGUUUCCGGAGUGGGAGGCGAUAGGUCUGGGAAGCGACACUGACCUAUCAGCAGAGGAGAGUACUGCAUUGAAGGAGGCGAUUGAGGCUCGCAAAUCUCAAAUCAAGUCUUGGUUCCCGCGCGCAGCCAAGAAGUUCAACGGCGGCAGACCCACCAAGAGUGGUAGCACUAUGAUGACCAAGGCCUUGCGUCGUACAGUCCAGGGCCGUGGCAGAGCCGCUGGUUCUCGAUCUCGCCAGGCUCGUGAAGUGUAUGCCACCUUGCAUCCCGAGCGGUACCAGAGAGAACGCAAGCUGAACGCCGCCAAGUUGGGACUCGGCUCCAAUUCUAUGCAGAACUCAGACUCCUCCGACUCCGAAUCUGAUCCUAAUUUGGACAGUGAAGACCACGGGAGUCAGAGCCGCACAAAGUCUGAUGGUCGCGCACUCAAUUGCACAAUUCGCAACACUACCUUGAAUGCAUUGUGGGCUGCCGCCACGCUGGAGGAACGCCGGGAGGUGGAGGAGAUUAUGGAGAAAGAGAAGACCACCAGGGAAGAAAAGCUCGCCAAAGACACAAAUGUAGAGACACCGCAAACACCUGAGCAGUAUCAGAUAAGCGGAGACAUCGUUAUUCCACCUGAGCCCCUGUCGGGAAUCGCUGCUGAUGACGACACCGCAGGACAUCCAUCAGCGAAGUCUCAAAAAAAGAAGCGCAAGCAGAAGAAGAAGCCUACUGUGCCAGCCGCUGGCGUUCAGCAUCCUUCGGCACCACCGCCAACAGCUCCAGAUUCCAAUGCAGAGCUAGGCAGCGAUCUACCCGCCACCGACACCGACUUUCCGGGAUCUCACAUCUUUUACGGCGCCACUCCGGGCGCAGACAGCGACAACAGCGAGGGAAGUCUGUGGGGGGGAUUCAAUGCCGAUCUGAGCAAUGGUUGGGAUGCAGGUUUCACCGCGACGCCUCAUCUUCAACAAGCAAACACUCUGGCAAACCCUUUUGGUCGCCCAUUGCACCCUGACACACGAUGGCAAGGAUUUGAGCCUAGCGGUGUCAUUAUGCCCAGUGUACCCGAAGAGCAACGCCCGCUACCUGUGCUUCAUCGUGUCACUGUUCCGCACUCGCAGACUCAUUUGGCCACACAAGCACAAGGUCUGGUCCAUCUAAACCCGAUGUCUGUAACACCUGACCUAGUCCUCGCAGAUCCCAGGCGCACCUGGGCUGAAUACGGGUACGGGUUCCCGGACGUUACGGACUUCUUGAGGGAGUACGGACAAGCCUUUCCAGGAGGUCAUGCCAACAACAAUGAGACGCUGCCGGCCCCAAACCCCACAGAUAUGUCGGCUAACCACAAUCCCCGCAUCGAGACACCCAAUCUGGCGAUACCGGUUCCCACCUCGACUUCUUUGCUACCACCAUCGGCAAGUACCACCUCGGGUUCCAUUACGUUGGAGGCAAGCGAUGGAUCAGUUCAAAUCAUCUCAACAGCAGAGUCCAUUCCAAGCACGAAGAAGCGUCGGUCGCCAGCUGGACGCCAGACAGCAAAGCAACGAAGAGAGCUCGAGGCUGCUGAGACGCUGAAAGAUGACUCUCGGGAUGGUGGUGGGGUCAUAGUCACGACAGUGGGCAGAGACAAGAGGCAGCCUAAGCCGCGUGUCAAUCCUGAUGGACACAUGUAUUCGCUGGGAUGGCGAAGCGACAGGACGGAGAAGACCACGGGGACAGCAAAACGAAAGUCCAAUCCGGAUGCCCCUGCACCUAAUAAGAAAUUGAUCAAUAAACAAUCUUCUGCUUUCUGUUCGUCUCUUGUUCCUGUUGUAACGCGUCUGCAAUCUCUCAUCUCUGCCCUCACCCGACAUUCUUCUGCGACUUCAAUGGCCUCAAAGAAGCGGAAACUGAAAGGAGGGGGCGGAAAGAGAGGGAGCACGGGAAUUGGCGGUGUUGAAUCGUUCUCCUUCUCUAUCGCUCCGGAGCCUCGCACACAGCCCAUAGCGUCAGGCAGUGGCGUUCGUCAUUCGACUCUCGUAUGGAGGACAACUGAUUUGGACGACGGACGUGUGGGACAGACCACAGUGGAGGCCACUCAAGUCCAGGAAUUGGUUGACAAUAUCCCUGCGCUUUCAGCUCUGCCCUUCAACGGUGUACCAAUUUUCGACUCAGUUGAAGAGGAAGAGGAGUGGUCUGGAAGGGAGACACGUUCUUCAGAAUGGUGCGGGUCGUUCUUUGUGAAGCGCACAUUGAAAAGCCUCGGCGUACGCAUCCAACUUGGGCAUGCAAGCGCAGGCAAUCAGGUCUGUCUAUCGCCCAACAAGGCACAGGGGGAUAGCUUCGUCAUCGUGGACAAUAACGGUGUCCACGAGGUGGGCUUGGAUUUCUGCGGAUGUGGAGCUGCGGGGGAACACGCAGAACAGCUAUUGCGAGCAUCACUUUUCCCCUCAACAACGACCAAUCCGCGUUCAGCAGCAACCUUCAACGUCUUGCGAAGGCACCAUAUGCUGUCCUUUGAGGCCAAGUGCUCCGUGUACGAGUUCUAUUACAGUCUGGCUCGGGAGAGUGACAAUAUGGGACUGGACGGGCUCAAAGAUCGCUAUGAGGAGUUUGCCAGGAUUGCGAAGCAGUGGAGACACCUGCAGAUGAUGAAGCGCUCUGCUCGCGGUCACGAUCCAACGGGUAUUGGUGGCACUCAGGAUGGGGAAUGUGCUUUGCUUUGUCCGGCAUGUCCGCAUCCGGGCAAGAACUUGCCCGAUGGCUGGGAGAAGGCAGAUGGCGAGAAGAUGUGA